AUGAGAAGUACGGGCAGAAGAAACCGAACAAGGAAGGUCCAACAAGUUCAAGUCCAAGUGUUGGAAAUGAAAAGAAAGCCCAAGAAAAAAGAUGCUCGAACUGGUGCGACAGUUGCAACAACAACUUUGCCUUUCCCACCUAGGCAAAAUAAGUCUAAAGUCGAUGAUGGAAAAUUUAAGAAGUUUCUAGAGAUAUUUUCUCAACUUCAUAUCAACAUUCCUUUUGUUGAAGCCUUGAAACAAAUGCCCACAUAUGCAAAGUUCAUGAAGGAAGUUCUUACAAGGAAAAGAGUUUGGAGAGAAUUUGAGACUGUUGCAAUGACGAAAAGUUGCACAUCAAUAAUCAAAAACAAAUUACCCGUGAAGAAGGAUGAUCCAGGUAGUUUCAUUCUGCUGUGCAAAAUUGGAAAAUUUGACAAAAUAGGUUUGUGCGACCUGGGUGUAAGUAUCAAUUUAAUGCCUUUGUCAAUUUUUCAGAAAUUAGGACUUGGUGAAGCUAGACAGACCACAGUUUCACUCCAGCUGGCAGAUCGAUCGAUGGUAUAUCCAGAAGGUAAAAUGGAGGAUAUUAUUAUCAAAGUUGAUAAUCUUUUCAUUCCAGCAGAUUUUAUCAUUUUGGAUUAUGAAGCUGAAGAUGAUUAUGGAAUAAUUCUAGGGUGGCCAUUUUUGGCGACUGCUGAAGCACUAAUUGAUGUCAAAAAGGGAGAGGUUACAUUAAGAGUGAAUGAUGAGCAAAAGACUUUUAAUAUGGUUAAGGCUAUCAAACAACCUUCUAAUGUGGAAGAAUGCUCAUUCAUACGAGUUACAGAUGGAUUGGUAGAUUUAAAGGAGGCCCACUUGAACAAGGUGACUCGUAACAUUAAGGAAAAAAGAGAGUCCAUAGUUUAA